GCCCACACCAGCAAUGUUCCAACCUAAAUCUUCCGGAGGUCCUGACGGUGCUCUCUUGUUCAAGGAAGGGCACCUUAUCCAGAAUGGCGCCUUCCCUGCACAGUGCACAUCGCAGCAACAGAGCGUGGCGGGUGGCUCUGUGUCAGGAAAAGGCCAGCCAGCUCACAAUGGCAUGCCCGAGCCAACCCAGCAGCCCCCUUCAAACCAGCAACCACAACAGCAGCAAUGGCAUCGGCAACCUGCCCGAGCUGGUAAUAAGAGUAGCAUUUAUGCUGCAUCGUCUGGUUCUGCUGAUGCCAGUGCUGGAUCGGAGACCCUGCAAACGGAGCCAGGAAAGAAAAAGACUGUUGGGGACUUGGUGAAAGAAGUGGAGGCGCAGAGUGCUGAAGGCCCCGAUGACAGUGGCAGCGAAAUGAGCGAUAAUCUAGAUGACUCGCUUCUGGGUCUUAGAGACAGCUUCAACAUACUCGAGUAUGUUGACGCGGACCAUUGAUCGAGCCUUUGUGGGUGAAGGCGAAAAAGACAACCUCCUCGACAAGUCCCUGGAGUUGGAUGUCGAAGAGGAUGUCCCGGAAGCAGUCGGGUGCCUAGAAACAGACUCGAGGGACGGAGAUCAGACUCAAGGGCCCAUACCAGCAAUGUUCCAACCUAAAUCUUGCGGAGGUCGUGACGGUGCUCUCUUGUUCAAGGAAGGGCACCUUAUCCGGAAUGGCGCCUUCCCUGCACAGUGCACAUCGCAGCAACAGAGCGGGGUGGGUGGCUCUGUGUCAGGAGAAGGCCAGCCAGCUCACAAUGGCAUGCCCGAGCCAACGCAGCAGCCCCCUUCAAACCAGCAACCAAAACAGCAGCAAUUGCAUUGGCAACCUUCCCGAGCUGGUAAUAUGAGUAGCAUUUAUGUUGCUUCGUCUGGUACUGCUGAUGCCAGUGCUGGAUCGGAGACCCUGCAAACGGAGCCAGGAAAGAAAAAGACUGUUGGGGACUUGGUGAAAGAAGUUGAGGCGCAGAGUGCUGAAGACCCCGAUGACGGUGACAGGGAAAUGAGCGAUGAUCCAGAUGACUCGCUUCUAGGUCUUGGAGACAGUUUCGACAUACUUGAGUAUGUUGAUGCGGACCAGGAUCGAGCUUUUGUGGGUGAAGCCGAAAAAGGCAACCUCCUCGACAAGUCCCUGGAGUUGGAUGUCGAAGACGGUGACCUGGAAGAAGUCCGGUGCCUAAAAACAGACUCAAGGGACGGAGAUCGGACUCAAGGUUGUUGUGGCAAGGAGGAGCCUAUGGUGAAGCCUCCUCCGGUAGCAGGCAUGCCUAUUCCGGGGCCGGCCACGGGCGGUGCCUUGAGCGGGCGGCCCAGAGGAUACUGGCCUAUGUUACUGCAGGAGCAGCUUUUGCCCCACGAAGAUUUGGGCAAGCGGAAGAGGGAGCAGCGAAAGCAUAGCGGAGAGGCUGCGAUGGAGUCCUUGCUGAGCAAUUUGGACUUAAACGGUUCAAGGUCGACCUGCUCUCGAGGCCCACCUGAUGAGAGUAUUAAAACCCCAGUGCCUGUCGUGCCCUCGGUGGCCCUUCUGCAUGCCAUGCCACAACAGCAUCCUGUAAACCCAGGCCAGCUUGUGGGCAAUCCUGGCCAGGGUCACCACCCAAUGAAGUGUGGUCCAGAAGCAUGUUCCACCAGCGCCACGGUGGCAGGUCCGGCUCAGGCGGGCAAACUACAGCUGACGAGCCAGCUGCCCACGAGGUCAGAAGAGCCCAUGGUGUCUCCGGGUGGUACCAUGCACCUGGUGCGCACCAAGCAGGGUGCCAUGCGCGUGAUGGGGCACGCUCCUCUCCGCAGGUUACCAGAUCAUCUCGGACAUGGUGGAGAUCGAGUCCACCAGCAUCGGCCAGGCCACCCUUACCUUCAGUGUAGGGGAGAUGGGACUCAUCCUAUAAUGAGGCUCAUCUCAGAAUUCGGACCACCUCCAAAGGCUACCACCUACAGAAUCAGAAGCCUGGAUCCAUCACGCUGACCCCUGUCUCAAUAGAGAGACAGCUUGCAGCCACCGGCCAGACCCUCAGUCAUGACCUAUAGAGCUUUACCUUGGACACUGCCCAGCAUGAUCAGUUGGCCUAAGCAUUCUGCUUCAGUACUGACACAAGUGAACAAUGAUGGAAGAGGAACUGGUCCUGCUAUCGGGAGUUUCCAAGACGCACCUUCAGAGUCUCCAAGCCCUUGGACUGACGAAGGGCAUCCUGUUAUUGGCAAGCCAUCACCUGGAAGGGAACGCGUCUCGCAAGACAAUAGUGGACAGGCUGUUCUGGCAGGAAAGCACUCUUCAGUACGUUUGAGCUGCCUCUGUAGGCAGCCUAGCGAACAAGUUGAAUAGACGUUUCUUUUAGACUUUUAGAAUAAUAAAUUUUAUGUUCAAGCGAA